GGCACGUGACUCCCGCAUAUCCAAUCGCCUUUCAACGGACCGAUAACUUUUUUGCCGAGGGACGACAACGGUGUGACGUUUUUCGACUUCGCCACGAAGAAAAGGAACGCUCGGUGCGAUUUUAGCACAUGACGUGCGCGACUUCCCGUGACUGCCCAACGCCAACGAGCGCGUCAAGGCUGCAAGCGAACGCGUCCGAGGCUGGCCGCUUGCUCGUGCUCUGGACGUGCCUUGCGCGUGACGUCAGAGCGUCAGCUGGCCCAAUGUUUACAUCCAGCCGCGGUGUGUUUCAGACUGGAUCCGCGAACAACGAGAGACUGCUCGCCCGAGAGAUCGCACACAGAAAGACUCCAUCGGCGGCUCUUUAAGGCAUCAUGGGCGGAGCUGUCAGCGCCGGGGAGGACAAUGAUGACUUGAUCGACAACCUGAAAGAGGCCUACUACAUCCGCUCGGACCUGGUGGAGCGGGCUUUUCGCGCCAUCGACCGCGCCGACUAUUACCUGGAUGAAUACAGAGAGAACGCCUACAAGGACUUGGCAUGGCGACAUGGGAACAUUCACUUGUCAGCUCCUUGUAUCUACUCAGAGGUGAUGGAGGCUUUGGACCUCCACCCUCGUAUCUCCUUCCUGAACCUUGGCAGUGGGACAGGCUAUCUCAGUACUAUGGUGGGCCUCAUACUGGGACCUUUUGGAGUGAAUCAUGGGAUUGAGUUGCAUGAGGAUGUAAUUGAGUACGCCUACCAGAAGCUUGACUCCUUCAUCAAAACCAGUGACAGUUUUGACAAAUUUGAGUUCUGCGAGCCUUCCUUUGUGGUGGGCAACUGUCUAGAGAUCCCUCCGGAGAGCCGUCAGUACGACAGAGUGUAUUGUGGGGCGGGGGUGCAGAAGGAUCAUGAGAAAUACAUGAAGAACCUAAUUAAGGUUGGGGGCAUUUUAGUAAUGCCCCUUGAGGAAAAGCUUACUAAGAUAACUCGCACUGGACCAAGCAGCUGGGAGACCAAAAAGAUCAUUUCUGUGUCCUUUGCUCCUCUCAUACUGCCGAAACACAAUGUGAAUGGCAAACCCAAGACUGUACCACUGCCAAAGUACGAGGUACGGACAUUACAGGAACUGACUCGUUUCUGCAUCCGACAUACGCUUCAAAUGACCUCCGACGGGGGUGAAAGCCAAUCCCGCAGCCGUGGCUCCUCGUUCAGCGUGGGGAGGGGCCUGGCCGUAGCCGGACUUCACAAGUACGGCCCCCGCUUCAAACGCCGCCGCGUGCAUCGGCGCCGCUGCAACGCCCUGGUGCUGGCCACCCGUCAGGUGGUGGGCACCGGUAUGAGCCCGGCUUCUCUGGACAGUAACAAUAACCAGGGAGGGAUAGCCGAGGACGAGGAGGAGGCGGGUGAGAGGGAAGCGAGGCGAGAGAGGAGGAGGGAUAGAAAGGUGGCUCGAGGGUUGAUGGAGGAAGAGGAGAUGGUUGAGGAAGAGGUUGAAGAGGAGCCGGAGGAGGAGGAGAGGGAGACCGGAGAGCUUCUCCGGGUCCAGCCGGCCGUCAACGUGUUGAGAGAGAGGAUCCUGGGCCUUCCGCUCCCUGAGCCCUUGAAAAGGUUUCUCUUGUACUACAGAAACAAGUGAGCAACACGCCAGGGCAGGACAGCAUGCCUGACGUCAGCUAGCCCUAAUUUCGCUCUGUCUCGCGGCAGACCGGGGGGGGGGUCACCCCAACUUUUUGGAAACCGAAAGAUACUUCCUUGGUUGAAAUUAAUGGGCAACCAGUUUAACACACAUAACUAAUUAGCUCAAUUUACUUUUAAUUAUAUGUUGUAAUGAACUUUCAGUUAUUGAUGAUUUGAAAGAGUAGGACAAAAAUAUCUUGAUAAAUCCGAAAGUCUUCAAAUGAUCACUUUUACAACAUUCCUAGGAAAUCUCAAUAUCCUAUUACCGGUAAGCUAUUAUUAUUAUUUUUUUUAAUUUAGAAAAGGCGCGCAGGCCACUCACGUGAUCCUUGGGACCAACCUGGUGCCCGCGGGCAUCGUGUCGGCAACCCUCGGUGUGGCCUUUACUCCACACGCUUAACAUCUUGUUUGAUCUUUGUGCUGUGGUGAUUUGAUGUGUACAAUUUUAACAUUUUUUUGGAUGAUGCGUCAGGAAAGGGGUGAAUAAAUGCGUGUGUUUUUGUAAACUCAGCUGUAUUAUCGACUGCUGUAAUAAAAAAGUGCAUUAUACAAAAGGAAAUGGCUCAGUU